AUGCUGCGGGCCGCGUGCAGGGCGCUGAGUUCGAUUCGGACCCAGGCAGUAACCCAGGCCCCAGUCUUUAGAGUGUCAGAGAGAGGGAAGACCAGGCUUUCCUCAAAACAAUGGGGUCUGCAACCUCGAGGUCUCCUCCUCCAGGCCGCCCGCGGAUUUGCCAGCCAGAAACAAGCCCAGCCCAUCCAAGAUGAUGACCUGCCCCCUUCCACGUUGCUCAAAGACUACCAGAACAUCCCUGGAAUUGACAAGGUUGAUGAUGUGGUGAAAAGGCUCUUGUCUUUGGAAAUGGCUAACCAGAAGGAGAAGCUAAAACUCAAGCAGGAGCAGUUGAUGAACAAGAUUGUGGUAAACCCUGAGGACACCAGAUCCCUGGAAGCUCAAAUUGUUGCCUUGACUAUCAAGAUCCACAGUUAUGAAGAACACAUGAAGAAACACCGAAAGGACAAAGCCCACAAGCGCUAUCUGCUCAUGAGCAUCGACCAAAGAAAGAAAAAGCUCAAAUUCCUCCGUAGAACCAACUAUGAUGUCUUUGAGAAGACGUGCAAGGAGCUGGGAAUUGAGUACACAUUCCCCCCUCUGUACUACCGAAAGGCCCACCGCCGCUGGGUGGCCAAGAAGGCACUGUGCAUUCAGGUUUUCCAGGAGGCUCAGAAGCUGAAGAAGCAAAAAAGGAUCUUAAAAGCUACAGCGGCCGCCCAGAAGCAAGACCAGAAAAGCUCAGAGGGGCCUUCAGAAGCCAGACUAGAUACAUGCAAAGAAAAUCAAUAA